CAGUCGUACCUACAGUGUGUACUUGCACUGUACUUACUUAAGUAAAGUAAGGUAGUAAAUAUAUUUUAAAAAUUAUUAAAAAUGGUGAUAAAAGUUGAUGAAUCUGACAAAACACUUGGUGGGAUGGAAUUGCAACACAGUCCCAGCAGAUAUGACGUCGAGGGUAACAGAGGACCUUGGUAUGGUUCUAAAGCGAGUUGUACAAGUAAUGACGGCAUCAUGUUCCAAUCUACGGAUCUUAUCUUGAAGCCUUCGGAAAGUAAAAAGAAAGGAUCUCUUCAGGGCGAUGGAGGAGGAACCCACGGUCAUGGCUUUUCUGUGGAGCAUCCCACCUCUUAUUUGGAAACAUUGAUGCACGUUUUUAAAGGAAACGUAGGAUCCGGAAUAUUCGCUAUGGGUGAUGCUGUUAGAAACGCCGGAAUAAUAUUUGGGCCCAUAGUAGUAUUAUGUUUAGGGAUUAUUUGCGUCCAUUGUCAACAUUUAUUGCUCCAAGCGGCCAAAACUCUUCGUGAACGCCACCAAGUGAAAGUACCUCCAGAUUUCGCGGAAACCAUCGAACUGUGCUUCGAAAAAGGACCGCCGAAAAUGUCGCGGAUAUCCGGAUUGAUGAGGAAAGUGGUGAACUGCUGCUUGUGCAUGACCCAACUUGGUUUCUGCUGUGUGUACUUCGUCUUCAUAUCGGACAAUAUCAAGCAAGUGAUACGUUACUACGGUUUAGACCUGGAUGUUCACCUUAUAAUGGUGAUAAUAUUUAUUCCGAUCCUUCUGCCGUGCUUGGUGAGAAACUUGAAGUAUUUAGCUCCUUUUUCGACGAUCGCCAAUUUCCUGAUGAUGGGUGGAAUUAUCAUCGUUUUGUAUUACUCAACUAGUGAAGGUCUUCCGGCGAUAUCAGAGAGGAAAUACAUAUCAAGUUUGCAAACUAUACCGCUGUUUUUCGGCACGGCCAUUUUCGCAUUCGAAGGAAUUGGAUUGGUAUUACCGCUACAAAAUGAAAUGAAGAAGCCAAAUGAUUUCCAAAAACCUUUCGGUGUACUUAACGUCGGUAUGACGUUCGUCACGAUUUUGUACGCUUUGGUAGGUUUUAUUGGUUACUUGAGGUUUGGAGAUGACAUAGAAGGAAGCAUCACUUUGAAUUUACCUCAAGAUCAAAUUUUGUAUCAAUCUGUGAAAGUCAUUAUCUCGCUGGGUAUUUUGCUAACGUAUUGCCUUCAACUUUACAUCGCUGUCGGUAUAAUUUGGCCAGUUAUUCACGAUAAAUUAGGCGAAGUCAAACAUCCUGUUUUUGCUGAGCUUAUUUUUAGAACUGGACUUGUGUUGUUGACUUUUGUAUUAGCCGAAGCUAUUCCGUUCUUAAACCACUUCAUUUCCUUAGUAGGAUCUGUAAGUAGUACGGCAUUGUGCUUGGUGUUUCCCGUCGUUUUGGAUCUAGUAAUGAAGUUUUCGCACGAAGAAUUAACACCCUACAUCAUCGUAAAGGACGUUUUUAUUCUUCUAAUUUCUUUGCUGGGCAUGAUAACGGGAGGAUUCGAAAGUAUCAAUUCCAUCAUUAAAGCGUUCGGCAAAAAAGACUAAAUCCAGUGUAACAGAGGUAAAGAGAAUUUGUAGACAAAUGGAACGAAACCUACCUAUAAUGCAACCCGAACAACUACCUCGGCCAGAGUUUUCCGUUGCUAGUUUGUUGAAAACUCAUGAUACAAUGCACGAAUUUUUCUAAACGGGAAUUUUUGAAAAAUAUACUGUCCAAACGAACAAUUCUUAUGAUACUCUUAGGACAUUUAUUUUUUUUUCAGUUUGCAGGAUUUUUUUUCCAUAUCAAAUAUUUUUUGUUUGACAAUUCCAAUUUUUCUGCGAUGCACUUAUUGAAGUGGACAGAAUAUUUUUUACUAAAAAUUUCAAAAUACAAAUCCACCCUAGUUGUAAAAAACGUUAACCAGAAUAAUUAGAGACUUUACUAGAUCUAGCAAUUAAGCGUAAACGUAGAUGAAAAGGUGCUAUUUUGUUUAAAAAGUAUUAUUUUGACUUGUACAUAGCAAUUAGAUAUUAGUUGUAGUUUUAAUUAAUUUAUAUGAAUCCUAGUUGGCUAAUAUUUAUGUUACUUAUUAUGAAUUAGUUACCUUAACUGUUUUAAUUAUGCGUUACUGUUCAUUUAAGUUCCAAUUAUCACAUUUAAAUAUUAAUUUGAUGUUUAUUAAUUUGAAGUAAAAUGAAAUUGGUCGAUUAUCAAAAAUUAUAAAAAUUUCUCCUGGGUUCUUAAGUAAUUUUGUUUCCUGCAAUUCGAGGCUCAAUUUAAUGUGAUAAGUAUUAGAAAUGUGUUACUAGGAUAAAAUUUGUGUUAUAGUAUUACCGAUCGACGGUUUUUGAAUGAAAUUAUUAUAAAAUCUAGCUAAUAAUUUUCUUUUCGGGAAUCGUCGAUUAAUUAAGACAAAAUUAAAUAUCGUUUUUCUUUAGUUUAGAUUUUGUUUUUACCAUUUAGCGAAUAAAUAAGACGACGUAAUAAAGUGUGUUCUGUCUGUGACAGUGUACGAUACUUCGUGAGUAUACACUUGUGAUAACUCGAAUGUACAAGUUGAUUUUUUCCUAUUUUUAUCGUACAUUUUUCAUGAUGUUGACAAAGAGAAUUAUUAAUGAUUUAAUAAAGUUAAUUUUGAGUUUCA